AUGGCAAAAACUUCUAAAACUUCAUCACCUGAACUAGCUAAAUACACAGAGGAAAUUAACGAAAGUUUGAAGGAUGAUCACAAGGAACAAGUAGAAGUUCUCAUUCCUAUUCGACCUACUGGAAAGCUUGAAAAGGCAGGGAUACUGAUUACUUCGAGUAAAUUGAGGAAGAUAAGUGGAGACCAUGCUAGCAGGAUUCAUGGAGGUAGAAACGAUUCUUAUUGUCAAUAUUUACGAAAGUUGGCUUGCAGACAAGUAGUAGAUCAUCACGAAUCAGUAGAAAGAUAUAGU